GAGGAUGGAAAUUUAUAAUCAUACAUGAUGUGAAAUAAUAGAAAUGGGAGGUUCAAUAGAGGCAAAUUUAUUUUAGAGAAGAUUGGAAGAAAUGCUCAAGUUUAUUUUACUUUCUAUUUUUGCAAGUAAUACAAUUUUUCUUUCUUUAGGUUUUUAGACCUCUCUUUUACAUUCUCUUGUUUUUUAGUUAGUAUUUUUUCUCUUACUGGUGGGUGUGCCUUGUAGACUACGAUUGAAAUGCAGUCGGACAUAUCUCUUGUCAAUGUUCAUGUAACUUGUAUUAGAAAUGACUUUUUUUAUGUGAUUUCUACUUUUUGGGUUGGUUCAUUUUAGUUAACUUGAAAUAUUAACUACAAUGGAUUUCACUUAGAAAGAAACAGGAAAUUCUACACAACCAAAGAUCAUAUGUGAUACAAGUUAUAAGACUUGAAAAAAGACAUGUUUUACUGUACAGUAUUCAUGGUUUGUAAAGCACAUUUAACAAUAAAAGAGUAAAGAUACGACACUUACACAAUCAAAAAGGAAAAGCCUUGAUAUUAAAAGGGGGAAAAAAAGGGAGGUCUAAAGUUGUUACAUCACAACAUUCAUAUCACAUCCUUGGAAUUGUGUUUGCAUUGAGUUUUAGUGACCUAAUUUUCUCCAGUUGAGAAUCGGGUAAUCUUUUUUAUUUAAACACUUUCUACAAUUUGGAGAGAUAUAAAUACAUGAUGUGGAUUUAAUUACAUCAAUGUUGGAAUAUGACACCAUUCAUGGAUAUCAUUUAAUGUUUUGAGAUCAACAGAUUGUGUGUAUCUCUCUUCGAAUUGUAGAAAGUGUUUGAAUCAAAAAAUUGAAGAGGAUUUCUAUUGUUCUUUUUUAUUUUCUAUAGGAAAUUGAUUGGUACACGAGAAUUAUGCACGGGAUGUGUAUAGGAUGUAUAAUUUUUUUUUACUGUUUAUGUAUUGUUCAUGAAUUGAUGAAUAUUUUGUGAACAUUUUGUGAACAGUGCAUGAACAGUAAAAAAUUUUAAACAUUCCCAUUUGCACCCUAUGUAUUACCUUCUGUGGAUGCAUCAUUACACUCCUGUAUGUCGCUUGUAUUCAAAGUUCAGGCAAUUGAAGUCUCUCAAGUUCAGACGGAAACUCAUAAGAGUUGGGUUCAAUUCGAUUUAUAGAAAAUCUGACUCGAGCUUGACUUGGAAUCCAGGUUGUAAUCGAGUUGAAUGCUCGAUCAAGCUCACUUAACUUGAGAAUUUUUUAAGUUGAUAUAAAUUAAAUGAAUUGAAAUUGCAACUUCAACAUUAAAAUCAUACUAACACAGCAUUGCAAUUUAUACAGAUAAUUAGUAUAUAUAUGCACACUUGAUAUCUUGCAUGUAUAUAACGUAUUUUUAUUUAUAUGUGUAUUACAAUGCAUACUAAUGAGAUUGCAAUUGAAUAUUAAUAUAGUCGAUUUGUGUUAUAUUUAAGGUGUAUUGUUUAUUAAUCAAUCGUAAUUUCAUAUUUAUGCAUGUGCUCAUUUACCUAAAAGGAAUUAUGCCCGAACUCUUUUAUUGAACAACUCAAGCGUGAGUCAUGUUAAUCAAGUUGAACUUGAGCUGCCUGUACAAAUUACACCUCUAACCGAUGUGACAUGCCUGCCACCAGAAGCACCUAUCCCUUGCUUAUUUGAAAAUUUUUGUCUGCCUAGUUGGUUGUUGUCUUGAUUGUUCGUGAUCAUGAAAAGAAAAGGAUGCUACUUGAUCUGGGCCAAUUGAAACCUAUAGCUUCUGAUGGCGUGUGAGGUUAUUCACUGAAACCUGGCUAUUCACAAGGUAAAUUGCAAUGGCCUAUGUUCAUGAAUAACAAAGGGGAAGAAGAGUGACGAGAUGCAGGUUGCAGCAGUUUUAGGAAGUAUGAUACACGAUGAUUCGAGCAAAUACCAUAGACUUAGGCUUUAACGUCUUAAAAUGUAAUGGUAUGGAUUUAUUUUAUUAAUGGCAAAUCUUACCUCAUUUAGCCUGUUUAGUUUACCAAAUACAACGUAGGUGGAUGUAGACAACCGAAAAUACCAAGUGCAGCCUUUUUGGGCUUUUUGUAUAAAGAAGCCCCCCCCAUUGCUUAACUCCCAAGUGCAACUUAAAACUAGACUUUUGAGACGCACCAAAAGUUAUUCAAAGUACUUUUCAUGGCCUUAAGAGGGAUUGGCAUGGCUCUGUUCUUGGUCCUAUUCAGCAUGCUGUUGGCUAGAUCUGCUGCUCAAUCAGGCUGCAUCGGUGUGCUCCUUGGCAUGUCUCCAUGCCUUAACUACAUCACUGGGAAAUCUUCAACCCCAUCUUCUUCCUGCUGCUCACAGCUUGCGAGUGUUGUAAAAUCCCAGCCACAAUGCCUUUGUACGGCGCUUAAUGGUGGUGGUGCAGCAUUGGGCAUUACAAUCAACCGGACGCUUGUUCUUGCACUCCCAGGUGCUUGCAAUGUGCAAACUCCGCCCAUCAGCCGGUGUAAUGCUGCUAAAGGACCAGCAUCAUCCCCUGUGGCUUCCCCAGUUGGUUCACCGGAAGGGGCACCUGGGAGUGGGACCUCUUCAAAUGAACUUUCAAACUCUUCAACUAGCUCAUCAGAACCAGGAGCUGGAUCUAAAACAGUUCCAAUGACCGGUGCAAGCUCUUCCAACGGUGCUGUUGUAGAAAUGCCUCUUCAAGUCGUCCUUCUUUCCAUCUUCAUGGCCGCAUAUAGUUCACUUUGCUGCAGCUUCUGAGUUUUCUUUGGGAUUUCUUGGACAGUUAAUUACUACUAUUCGAGUGCUUUUACUGGCUUUAAUGUAUUAUCUUACACGUACUUUGGUUAACUAAAGCAUCUUUCUCCAAUACUUUGGUUUGCCGUGCAGUUAAAGACCGAACCUUUAUACCUUCCGUGUAAUCCUGCUCAUUACAACAUAUUCCAGUGUUUCUAUA